CUUACCCAUGCAACAUGAAACUUUUCCCUGCAGAAAGUCUCCCGGUGUUCAGCACAGGACAUGGAGAUAGUCAACAAGUAGCACUUUUUUCUAGGGAUUGUGGGGUUAAAAAGAGUGCAGGAUGCUUAAGAUUUUGGGGAGUGAAAAGUGAAUGUUUUACAGCUGAGAAGAAAUUCGAGUUGGAUCUCGAAUGAAAAAAAGAAAAAAAUAGGAAAGAAAAAAGGCCAAAGACAAUCUGGAUUACAGCUGAGACGGAAAUGUAAAAAAUUGCAUACUGCAAUCUGGAAACUAAGACGCACUCAACUGCGAAUUUAUUGUUAUUAUUAUUAUUAUUAUUAUUAUUAUUAUUAUUUCCUGUGCGCAAUUAACGGCGCCGCACUGAAAGACGCAGUUUGCGUCCAGUGCGCACUUUGGGUGAAGAAAACCAAUCGAUUGAGGUGCAUUUCCCAGGAAUCUGAACUUAUGCACAGAGAUGAUUCGUAAACCUUUGUUCACACCUGGAGUGGUUUUCUCGGUCUUUGUGUUGGCGCUGAAGGUGGUCGGUGUUUCAGCGCAAGGGGACGAGCUGAAGGACGAGUUGAACGCCGAGACAUGGCUGAGGACUUAUGGAUACCUGUCCCAGGCCAGCAGGCAGAUGUCCACCAUGCAGUCGGCACAGAUUCUGACCACCGCCAUAAAGGACAUGCAGCGUUUCUACGGCCUGGACAUCACCGGACAAGUGGACGCCGCCACUCUGAAAGCUAUGAAACGUCCACGAUGCGGCCUUCCUGAUCGCUCAGAGGAAACCAGCGAGGAAAGAGUCAGGCGGAAACGUUUUGCUGUGACGGGACACCGAUGGGAUAAAAACACGCUGACUUACAGCAUUCAGAACAACCCACCCAGCAUCAGCCAGCAGCAGGCCCAUGAAGCCAUCAUCAAGGCCUUUCGCGUUUGGGAAAAAGUGACACCUCUGCGCUUCAAACUGAUUCCUUACCGUGAGAUCAAAAAUGGAAGCGAGGGGCCGGAUAUUCUUCUGCUGUUCGCCUCUGGAUAUCAUGGAGACACGUCUCUCUUUGAUGGUGAAGGAGGCUCCCUGGCUCAUGCAUUCUUUCCCGGUCCAGGUAUUGGAGGAGACACACACUUCGACAUGGACGAACCGUGGAUACUCAACCAGCGAGAAGGAACAGGCAUUGACCUGUUCCUGGUUGCGGUUCACGAGCUGGGUCAUGCUCUGGGACUCGAGCACUCCAGUGACGCCUCUGCCAUCAUGGCUCCGUUCUACCAGUGGAUGGACAUUGAGAGCUUCUCUCUAGGUGAAGAUGACAUCAGUGGCAUUCAGCAGAUUUACGGACCACCUGUGAUUGCGCCCACCGAGCCUUUGAGCACAACAACAACCCCAUUGUCUACAACGACUACAGCACAACCCGAACCCACGUCCACUGCUACAGAGUCUUUAAGGACCACCAGACCUCCAGAAAAGCCCACCAGGCAUCCAGAGAGGCCCACAAGACCUCCUGAAAGAGCCAGCAAACCUCCUGAGAGAGCCACUAGACCUCCUGAGAGAGCCACCGUGCCGUGGGUUCCUCCGGCUAACCCUAAACCCACUCGCCGCUCGGACCGGGAUGCCCCUGAUAUCUGCGAUGGAGACUUUAACACGAUUGCAGUGCUCAGAGGGGAGAUGUUUGUUUUCAAGGGUCGGUGGUUCUGGAGGGUCACGAACCGGGUUCUCGAUAAUUACCCCAUGCCUAUUUCUGUGUUUUGGUCCGGCCUGCCUGAAGACAUUGACGCUGCGUACGAACGGCAUGAUGGAAAAUUUGUGUUCUUUAAAGACAGUAAAUACUGGCUCUUCAGAGAAGCCGAUGUGUUGCCUGGAUAUCCCCAGGAACUAAUGCACUACGGUCACGGGAUGCCUGAUCGAGUGGACACAGCCGUGUGGUGGGAGCCAUCUGGCUACACCUACUUCUUUAGAGGAGACAGAUACUGGCGUUUCAACGAGGAUUCUCGGGCCGUGGAUAAAGAUUACCCACGACCCAUCAGCGUCUGGGGCUCCAUCCCUUCCUCUCCUAAAGGGGCCUUCCUGAGUGAUGAUGGAGUGUACACAUACUUCUACAAAGGGACCAAAUACUGGCGAGUUGACAACAAGCGUAUGAAGGUCGAUGCAGGAUACCCAAGAUCUAUCUUGAACGAUUUCAUGGGAUGCCACGUUCACUUCGAUCCAGGCAUAGACCCUGAUAUAAAACCAGACCCCAAGUGGCCAGACACAGGAAGUAAAAAUGAAGACGACAACACGAACGACUACAAAGACGACGACAACAACGACUUAGAUGAUGACGUUGACGAUAGCGAUGACGUUGAUGAUAAAAAGGUGGUGGUGCAGGUGAAAGACACUACCAAUUAUGCCAUGCUCCUCCUCCUCGUGACUGUGCCUCUGGUUCUGGUGUUUUGCAUUUUGUUAUCGAUUUACUUAAUUAUCACCAAGCUGCAGACUCCCAAAGUGCUGGCUCACUGUAGACGUUCACUGCAGGAGUGGGUGUGAUACAUACAAGCACACGUGAACUCUUUCUCUCACACACACACACACACACACACACACACACACACACUUGUUGUUUGGUCUUUUUGCAGUUACAAUACGUUUAGGAGAAGAUCCCACAUAAACAGUCCACUUUUUUGACAUUCCUGAAAAUGGGAGUUGGAUUAAUCUCAUAGUUCAGAGUUUACGACUCAUGAAACAUUCUUGCCGUUGAACCCAUAGAUGUUCUGUUAGCAGCUGACGUAUAAUUAGAUGUGUAAUUGUAGUCACAUGGAGGCCCUCUAGGUGACUUUUCCUUAAAUCUGAGGAAAAUGUUGAUCUACCCGCAACUUUCCUAUGGUUUUCAUCAAGCGCUCUUACUUUAUAUUGCCCUAAACACUGAGAAACCAAUAAGAAUAGAAACAUUUUCCUCAGAUUUGUUGAGGAAUUACUUAGAGCAGUCAUACUGCAGUAGCAUUUAGCAUUAGCGACUAUCAAACUUUAAAACAGCAUCAUAAAAUUGAUUUUAAAAAACAAUAUAAAACCACCCAGAAACUGUUAAAUACAUUUGACACAAACAUCUGAAAGCUGUCAGGAAACAGAAUAUUUUCCUCAGUUGUAUCAAAGAAAAGACGUCAUUGAUUAAAUUGUAACUGUAAUACGAUUUAGCAUGUAUUAGACAAUAUUGAUGCAAAGUGAGAAUGGAAAUAUGUCAAAAAAUGACUAAGAAAAUAAUCCACAGACUAAAAUUAAAGCGUAAUACGACUUACACUGAAUCUAAAGGCGUGGUGAUAUUAAAAAUGAGACACAGAUGUUGGAAAUAUAAACAUUUUUCUCAGUUGUACUGAGGAAUUACUAUGUCAAUUACUAUAUCAAACUUUAUCUGUACCAACACUUAGCAUCAGCUCCUCUCAGACAGUGGAAAUGGAUAGUGAGUGUCACAAUGAAAAAUAUGUCAGAAAACUGUCAGAAAUGCAAAUGUUUUCCUCAGAUGUGUCAUGAAAUCAGUAAGAAAUGAUGUCACCGAUUGAAAUGAAACUGUAUUUAGACUUAGCACAAAUCAGACAAUGCAAGACAUCAGCACUUAUUAGAUGAUCUCAAUGCAGUGAGAACGGAAAUGAGACACAAAUGUCGGGAAUAGAAGCAUUUUACUCAGAUGUGUCAAGAAAUUACUAGUUAAUAGACUCCAUCCUGAAACUGUACCAUAUAUAUGUAACAUUUAGCAUUAGCUGAUAUCAGACAAUGUAAAGCCAUUGUCAAACAGUGGCACAACAAAACAUAGAUGUCAGGAAACUUUCAGGAAUUCAAAUAUUUUCCUCAGAAGUGUGGGAAAAUAUUACGAAAAGACUCCACAGAUUACAAUCACGCCAUAAUAGCUCUUAGCAUCAGCUGCUAAGACACAUAAGGCAAAGUAAAAAUGGAAACAGGACAAAACCACCCAGAAGCUGUGGUGAUUUUGGAAACAAAACACAAAUGUCAGGAAAUUGUCUGGAAUGUCAACAUUUUCCUGAGAUGUGUCAAGAAAUGUAAAAGAAAAGAAUCCACAGA